GUCAAUGAUUUUUUUUUUGUGAAGGGGGUCUUCUGUGUUGCGGCAAGGACACAUUCUAUCUCGAAAAAUGAACUUGUCACCUGAUGGAUCUUUGAUGAGAUAUCUUGUAUUGUGUUCCAGAGAACAUUCAUCAUUUGUUGGGAUGUUGCAUGAUUGGUUUGUGUCGUCGUGGCUCCUUAAACUAUAAGAUUAUUUUUGUAAGAGUCAUCUUUUUACAGGUUCAGUUUCUUCAUCAUCGGCAGGAGGUGGUGUGAAGAUGUCGUGCGGCUAUGACAUCUAGGGCUCAUUGGUUGCUUUGUUUGAUGUAUCUUAUUGAUUAAGACGUUCCAUUAGGUUUUGUAUCAUUUUCAUCAUGGUGGUGAGAUCCGCGAUCGGCAGGACAACACCCAUGCCGAUCUAAUUAUCAUUUCCCACCAUUUCUGAUCUUUCUUGAUGUUGCUUCUUAAUAUCCUAUAAAUGAUACCGAUUGUUUAAUCUGAAUUAGGUACAUGCCAAAAAUGGGCACAAAUUCGAUGGUGAAUUAUUUGAAAAACGUUUAUUGAAAGAUCAAAUGUAGAUUACAAGGAAAAUGAUGAUGAAAUGGUUAAGAGGUAUGAACUCAGUAAGAACGAGUAAAACUAUGAAAACCCUAAUGCCUUGUCUUUGAAGUAGGUUUUCUCCUUUUAUAUUCAACUUCUUCUUUUUUCCCUUUAAAUUUGGUGUACUCUGUUGACCGCCGAAUUUUGGUUAUUUGAUAGUCCUUAUUUGAGUGAUGUAAUCUAUCUCAAACAUUGACGGUAUGUUAAGAUUGUGAAGGAAAGAAACAAAAGUGAUGUAUAGUAAAAUGAUAACAUUGCAUUAACUACUAGAAGGCAAAAGGUCAUAGACAGACUUCUAUGAUUAGCAAAGGCUAACAUUUUAAAUCCCCCAAAAAUGUGUGAUGUAAAUUAAUUUAUUAGAAUUCGUUGUUGUGCUUCGAUUUCACAACUAGAGCAUGAUUAGCCCUUAUAUCUAAUAAAAGAUCAGUGAUAAUGUGUUACAACAUCUCCAAAGGCAUUAUAUUUUUUUAUAAAAUCGAGUAACUUUGUUAUAGAAUAACACUACUGAAGCAAAAUUAACUCUAUUGUAGAGUAACAAUAUUGGAACAAAAAUUAAUUUUUAAUAGAAUUAUUAUAUUUUAGAAGAAAUUAUACAAAAGAAAAUAGAGGCCUAGUGGAGAUGGUGUAAGACUCUUAAUGUGUUCAAAUCAUGUUGAAUUGUUGAUAUUUACACGUCACAAUAGUUAAAUGAAUUUACACGUCCAAACAAAAGUAGUUUAUGUUUUUUUCAGUCCAGAUAAAUAUACCUUUUUAAUACCAUAAAGUAAAGAUUCGUUUUCACAUAUAUAUUUUAUAUAUAUAUAUGAAUAUUGAUUUUUCCUAAAAUAUGUUAUGUAUAUCGACAAUGAAUACAUAAUACAGCCAUUGUUGAAAAGGCCAUAAAUGUUUGGAUGUACCAAAUGCGAGCCUAAUAAAAUCAGUGGUUGGAUGUCAAUUAAGAACCAUAUAUAGACCUAAUCCAUUUCUCUUCUCCCUUUAUAUAUACGCAAUAUAUCAAAGCCCUUGUCUCAUCUCUAAAAUCACUCUUAUAGUUAAGCAUGGGGGUUAACCAGAAGAUAUCCGGUCUCGCAGCCGUUAUGAACGCCAAGAUCAUUGGUUCUGGUGAGAGGUCAAUGGUCUUGGCACACGGAUUUGGAGGCGACCAGUCGGUUUGGGAGAAGAUUAUUCCAGUCUUGUCCCAAUCUUUUGAAGUUUUGGUCUUUGACUGGCCUUUCUCUGGAGCCAUCAAAGACCAAACUCUUUGUGACCCUUCCAAGUAUAAUUCAUUUGAUGCCUUCUCUGACGAUCUUAUUUCUCUUAUGGAGGAGUUGAAGUUUGGCCCCGUUGUGUUCGUAGGCCAUUCCAUGUCUGGCAUGAUCGGUUGUUCUGCUUCUAUUAAGAGACCCGACUUGUUUACAAAUCUUGUCCUUAUUGCUGCUUCUCCCAGGUACAUAAACAGUGAAGGUUACAAAGGAGGGUUUGAGCCAAAAGACAUUGACGCGAUCAUCUCCAACAUUGCCACCAACUACGAGGCUUGGGCGGUUGCUUUCCCCCCCAUAGUGGUCGACUCAAGAGACUCUCUCUCGGUCCAAUGGUUAGAGAAGUGUCUUAAGAAGAUGAAGCCCGAGACGGCUCUUGCCUUAGCUAAGAUAGUGUUUGGCAGCGACGAGAGAGAGCUUUUGGGCAAAGUGUCACUUCCUUGCCACGUCAUACAGCCUGGAAAUGACGUCAUAGUACCUGUCUCCGUUGCCUACUUCAUACAAGAGAAUAUCAAAGGGAAAUCCACGGUAGAGAUCAUCGAGAACUCGAUUGGGCAUUUCCCACAACUGACGUCACAUCUGGAGCUUCUACGAGUCAUGAGACGCCUCCUCGAGUUUUGAGGCUUGAAUAUAAUAAACAGCUUUGCAUGCGUCGAUAUUUUUCUUGUCGACAAUAUUCUACUAUAAUAAAGUGGGUCCAUAAGUAGUAUUCAUAUAUAUGUUUGUGUAAUGUGAAUGUGUAUUUAACUGGCAGCACAAAGUAAUUUAGUUUACAUUUUAGUUGAAUAAAAAAGACGAUCAGAAUGAA